GAUCGGAAUGAUGCCGUGCACACCUUUGGACAGACCGUGGAGCGGAAGAAGGCCAAAGAGAGUGCCAAAGACAAGGACCCCAAGGAGGCUGGGGUUGAUGAAAAGAUCGCCGAGCUGAACAAAUGUAAGAUUCAGAUUGGCGAGCGAUCGGAAGCAGAAUGUGCCCCACCUGAAGUGCAGUUGGACUUCGACUCCUGGAAGCAUGAGGUCGAUUCUGCUGACUUGAAGAAUAUGAAAGCAGGACACGUACUGCCUGUGAACAAGGCAGCACAGCAGUAUUUCAACAAGAAGACGCAAAAGAGCCUGAUCGAGCUUGUGGAAGAUCCUUCAUCGCUGAAGAAAUCGGUGAAUAUGCGGCGCAUGGAAAUGGAGGAGGUCGCAAGCUAUUGUGCUGCCAGCAGCCUCAACGGGAUUCCAGAGAAUGACACCAUCAAGGCCAAAGCUCAGGCUGAUAGAGGUUCCAAAGAGAAGAAGAGACUUGGGCAAAAUGGGCAAAAGUCACCAGAAAUCCCUUCAAUACUUGUGCACUGCACAAGAAGUUGCCAAUCGCCGUUUAGAAUUCAGAAAGGCUACCUAUCAGGGCCAAGGAAUUACUUUGGUACAGCCGGGUACGCAGUUCCUUCAGCCAAGGAAGCCCAGAGUUGA